AUGGAUAGAGAGGUUGUGCUUCAGGCGGAAGAAAACGCGGAGGGCAUGUCGGUAGUUUGCCAACCGAAGCCCACGUGGGAGGACACGUGCUUGCUUGUGCGAGAAGCCGAGAGCCCGGUGUUGUGGCACCGGAGGUUGGGGCACGCCGGGUACGAAAGCCUAGCCAAGUUGAGGGGGACUCGGUUCGGGGAGUCAACGUUCAAGGAGAGCACGGAGCCCCUCGAGCUAGUGCAUAUGGACGUGUGCGGGCCCAUGUCGGUGACGUCAAAGGGGCGGAGUCGGUACUUGGCCACUUUCCUCGACGACUAUAGCAAGCUCUCGGAGGUCCAACCGUUGGAGCGAAAGAGCGACGUGACGGAGGUCAUGGAAAGCGUCUUCGCCCGGUUGGAAUUGCAAUCGGGGAAGAAAGUGAAUGCGGUGCAAACGGACCGGGGUGGGGAGUACGUCAACGAGGGGAUGACGGCCCUCCUCGCAAAAAGGGGAACGGUGCACCGGACCACGGCGGGGCACUCUCCCGAACAAACCUGUUCGGCGGAGCGGUUGAACCGGACGCUCGAAGAAAAGGGACGGGCUUUGCUAGAAGACGCCGGGUUGGGGCCGGAGCUGUGGGCGGAAGCGAUGGUUACACCUAACUACACCCGGAACCGGGUUCCCUCGAGCGUUCACGGCAAGACCCCGUGGGAGAUGAUUUACGGGGAGAAGCCGGACCUUAGCCACUUGCGGGUGUUUGGGGCGCGGGUCUACAUCCACGUGCCUAAGGGAAAACGGAAGAAGAUGGAGCCGGUAAGCGAGAGGAGAGUGUUCUUGGGCUACGAGCCUAACUCCAAAUCCUACCGAGUCCUCCGCGAGCGGGAUGGAACGGUGUUGACCUCCCACAACGUCAUCGUAGAUGAGCGCGGGCCCUCCGUGAUCGUUGAGCUUGGCUCCGAUCCGGGGAAGGAGGAGGGGGGUGCUCGCGACCCUAGGCGUGUGAACCCCCCGACUCGGAUGGGUGUAGAGGCUACUCCUACGGGGGAGGCCGACACUCAGCCCGGUGUAGGGGCUACUCCUACGGGGGAGGCCGACACCGGGAGCGAGGAUUCCGUCGAAGGGGAUGGCGCUCAAGAGGAGACGGCGCGAAGAUACCCCGCACGCGAGAGGCGGGCGCCCGGGGAGUGGUACCGGGCAUACUUGGCGGAGGAAACCGGGGAGCACCCCAAGGGGUCGGGGGAGCAUCCGGAGCCGCAAACGUAUCAAGAAGCCGUAGCGGGAGAAGAGAGCGAGCUUUGGCGGAAGUCCAUGGUUGAAGAGAUGCGGUCCUUGUUGGAGAACGGGACGUGGGAGCUUGUCGAAAACCGGAGGGGCAAGCACACCACCUUGCGGGCGCUCCUCGCGGUGGUUGCGGAGCGCAACUUGGAGCUGCACCAAUUGGACGUCAAGACGGCGUUCCUCAACGGUGAGCUCGAGGAGGAGAUCUACAUGAAGCAACCGGAGGGGUACGAGCAAGGCGGGUCGAACGUGGUUUGCCGCCUCAAACGCACCUUGUACGGGUUGCGACAAGCGCCGCGGGCGUGGCACGCGCGCUUGAAGGAGGAGCUCGGGAACGUCGAGUUUGUGGCGUUCUUUGCGGACGCGGCGCUUUUCACCGGAAAAGUGGACGGUGAGCGGGUUUACCUCGUGGUUUGGGUGGACGUCGUCGCGGCCCGGGGCGCGGAGCGCAUUGCAAAGGUGAAGGCGCACUUGGCAGAGAAGUUCGACGUGCACGACUUAGGGGAGGCGACGUACUUCCUCGGGAUGGAGUUGGCGCGCGACCUGGAGGCGAGCAUCCUCAAGCUCACGCAAAAGAAGCUAACGGGGGAGCUUCUUGGGCGGCACGGAUUGGCGGGCGCGCGGGCGCGCUCGGUCACUUUGAUGCGGGCGAGAAGUUGA